AUGGAGCGGGUUACCUCGAAGCUCCUCUUUUUCCUCGCCAUAUUUCACUCUUUCAUCUCCCUUUCGGGUGCCGUGCCAUCACCUUGGUUAGCAGCACUGAGAUCCCAAUAUGACACGAACAGAACCACUAUGCCCUCUCAUGGUACCACGGUAAACAACUCCAACGUCACAGUAGACUUCGUGUCUGCGCUUUCCAUAGCGGAUUCAGUCUCUAGCAAGCUGGUCAGACUCUCUGACAUCCCAGCCAUUGCUCUUCCGCCGAAUAUCUCCAAUUAUGAUGCGUAUGCGCAGCUGGCAAGCCUCAUGCCUCCCUUACCAGCUGGCACAGUGGGACAUGAUACUGCAGAGGUGCUAGCCGCCAUCAAAGCAUCCAUUAAAGCAGUACCAAGCAACUAUACGGCCAGGACUGGCCUGACUGAACGUCAGCCAGGGCUGCGGGUUAUGUUUGUAGGUGACUCCAUGACCCAGGGCAAAGAAGGCGACUGGACCUGGCGCUAUCGUAUGUGGCAGUGGUUCCGGGAUCAGGGUAUAGCUGCCACAUUCGUUGGUCCAUACACUGGUACAGCACAGCCCGCAGAGCCUCAAGCUCCAUCACCGCCGCGGCUCUAUGGAACCAAAGAGCCCAUGGGCGCCGUCAAGGCCUCAGGAGGCUACGCUCCCGGAGCCUCUCCCGAAUUCGACAGCCAUCAUUUUGCCGUCUGGGGGCGUGCAGCUGCGGUUGACAAGGGCCUCAUCCGCGAGGUCGUCGCAGCACACCCGCCGGACCUGAUGCUCCUGAUGCUGGGCUUCAAUGACCUGGGCUGGUUCUAUAGUGAUGCCGCCGGGACGUUGGACAGCAUGCACACCAUUAUAAACAAUGCACGUGACGCAAACCCGCGCCUCAAGUUCGCCGUUGCGAAUGUGCCGCAGCGCAGCUUCAUCGGCGGCCGCGACGAUCUGCCAGUCAGUACGGCGAUCUACAACUCGCUUCUACGGGCUGCGCUGCCGAAAUGGAGCACCAAGCAGUCGCCCAUCCACCUGGUCGAAUUGCAGGAGAACUACGACUGUGAACCGAGCGCAUGCGCGGCUGGCUAUGAUGGCCUCCAUCCGAAUGCGCAAGGUGAAUUCCAGAUCGCGCGUGCCUUUACACUUACGCUGGUCAAUGAUUUCAAGAUUGGCUCUUCCGCAUUAGAGGUUCCAUCAGACAUUCCAUCAAGAUCUCUGCCCGUCCCAUCGAACUUCAAGGUGGUCUCUAGUCCUGGAGGAGUGACAGCUACAUGGGACGCAGUGUACGGUGCACAUAGCUAUGAUGUCGAGUCUCGCAUUUCAGGGGUCACACAAUUCUCCGCUGGAAGCGUCCCUGCCAAUAGAUGGGAUGCCCAUUGGACUCAAGAUGGCUGGGUAUAUGAUGUCAGAGUUCGAGCUAGUGCUGGAGAUACCAUUAAAAGUGACUGGACGGCGGUGUUGUCUGCAAAAUCAACCCCUAAAACGGCCCCGGCUCCUGUGAAUGUGCUUGUUGGGGCUACAUCAACUGGCUUUGAUGUCUCGUGGGACCCUCCUACUGGACCUUACACCGAUUCGAUUACCCAGUAUGAGAUCUUGUACUGGGACAAGGAUGAAGAAUGUGCAUUUAUUACGAGUGCAAGCUUCCUCAGCUCCCCUGCACGUAUCAAGGACCUUGUACCUGGACAUCGCUAUCUUGUAGCGCCAAUUACUUGGAACGCUGCUGGUGGAGGAUUCCCUAAAAUCGUGAACAGCGUUAUGGUCGGCAGAGGGACACCACCACCACCUUCUAGUCUAGAGAUAUAUGCUAACGACCCAACUACAAUUGAACUAACCUGGGCUGCCUCUCCCAACGCCGCAGGGUAUCGGCUAUGGUCACGCAAUGUGAACAAGCCAGGCAGUAUAUCGCAGGCACAAAAUAAUACUGUUGAGAUGACCUGCAGCGAUCAAUAUCUCCUCUUCCCGGGAACUUGGAAUUACGAGUGGUGUGUUAGUGCAUACAACGGCAAUGCCGAGUCUGCGAAAGGAAAAUGCGUGCUUGCCCCUUCUCCCGGGCCUUCCCCAGCACAAAAAAGAUGUCCACCCCCGCCCGAAUGGUGUCCAGCUGGAAGUGGUCCCAAGUUCCCUGGAGGCGGCAGCGGUGCAGACCCUGGCCUAUCAGUACCAAUGGCCAGUGCAAAGGCCCCGACUGCAAAAUGGGUGUUUGCACUGGGCUUCUUUGCGUUUCCUUUGGCUGCCGCGGGUCUGAUUGCCUUGAUGGUGUUUGCGUAG